GCCCACAUACCAUUUGACUGAUGCGAAUGAUUGUUCCACUGCUACACUCGUCAGUUGAAGGCAUAGCAUCAUCAUCUCCCGCGGAGCACCAUCUACAUCAGAAAACAUGUCCAACUACAUCACCACUCACAAUGCCGAAGGCAAAGCCAUCUUCUCCCCAGCGUCUGCCCCGCAUCAUACGCUCCCCAUGCAGCCUGGGGUAGACCCCGAGGUAGCGGGACUCAACAUACUCUACACCACCUACUCAUUCCCUUCCAAUCUCUCCACCGACAAAGACAUUGAGCAGUAUCAGAUCGACAGGACCACCGGGAUGGCACCUGGACAGCUUUCUCAAACGGGAACUCUGUCUAUGAUCAUUACCAUGGCACCCGAUUCGACAGCACCAAUGCAUCGGACCAUGACCUUGGACACCAUCAUCAUCUUGGAAGGGACUGUCGAGUUGCACUUGGACUCGGGGGAGACGAGGACGAUGACUGCGGGCGACACCAUUGUCCAGAGAGCCACGAUGCAUUCGUGGAAGAAUGUCUCGCCGAACGGCGGGAAGGUGAGGAUGAUGGCAAUGGCCCAGCCCAUUGUAGCGCCUUUGGAAGUUGGAGGCAAGAAGUUGGAGACGGAGUGGAUGAUUUGAGUGCGAUGCAGACUUUUUUGAUCGUGCCAUAGUCCGUCAGUCGGAGGUCGGUUCAGAUCGUGUUGAUCCAAUCUCCCAAGUAAGAAAGAGAGCGAGUGUAUAGCAUUACCAUGCCUCUUCAUUCCUGCGUUCUUCCAUUUCCUACAGUGUAGACAAGACACGUUUUUUCAGCCUCGGCCACGUGACGCUGUCGACGUUUCCGACCAUCUCACAAUCUUCCCGCUACUCUCAUUGACGUGGUGUCCAGCGAGUGUAUCCGCCCGAGCCCAGCCUCUCUUUCGUCGAAGGCAUCGUGAGCGGACAAGGUGGAUUGGUGGAAGACGGGCUUCAAGGCGUGGAGAGGGUCGCGGUGUUUAUGAGUCGUCUAGGGCCGAUGGCCGAG